AUGCUUUAUCUAUUGGUUCAAGUUAAUGAAAGUAUUAAACGUAUAGUUCCCGAACAUGUAGUGAGCAUAGAAUUUACAAAUAAUCAGUUUAGUGAUCUUUUUGGUGCAGUUACAUCAGGAGAAUAUGGUGAUAGAGAAGUAGAAGUUUUUAUUAGACGUGAAAAGUCUGAAAGCUGGAAAAAGGUUGACAAUGGGUUAAAAGGAAAUUUAGAAAUGUUAGAAGUUUUGAAAUAUUCUCAAGUUAAAUUUUGUCUUAUUGAAAAAACACAUUUAGAUACACCACAAAUCACAAAUACUUUAAAUGCUUUUGAUAUUUUAAUGAACAAUUCAUAUCAAACUUUACUUCCUCAACAUUGUACUGAAUAUAAUGAUUGUAAUAAACUUUAUAAUGAAAUUAUUGAUCUAUUUCGUAAUCAAAAUGUUGGCUGGACAGGUGGUGUACAUGAUACAAUUGGUAAAGCAUUUGUGAAUCGUAUUAUGAAUGCAAUUUGGUAUAUUGAUCCACAUCUUUCUACUUUGCAUGCACGUUCAUGUAACUUGCCGGUCUUUUUUACACAACUAAAAACCUAUCAGGAUGGGGAGACGUAUAAUAAAUUUUACCAUACCAGUCAUCAUAAAAAAAACCCAUUAUCACAGCAAAAAUUGGUUUACCUUUCAAGUUCUCUUGAAUUAUCUGUCAGUCAACCAUGGGCGAAUAAUGAUGUGUGGAAUCAAGUAAUUCCUGCAACUUUAUCUUUAAUUGAAAUCUUAAAAAAAUAUGCAGGAUAUCUGACUAUAACUACUACCAAUAUGAAUAUUCUUCAUCAUAGUGAUGGAAGUGCUCGCAAUCCUGAAAAUGAUUGUACUAUGUAUCGAAUUAUUGCUUGUAAAAAUGAGAAUCUUAAUGAUAUUUACAGUCAGCUGAAUUAUGUUUUACUUGAAAAACAGAUGUAUGAAUAUAUUGAUAUUAAGCAAUAUCUUCCAAUUGAUAUUAUGAAACGAUAUCAGUUCAUAAAAGAAUUGCAGCUCACAUUUCCGAUAGGUGUAUAUAGAUAUCAUCAAGGCAAUUAUUUAGGAACCAUUAAUUAUGUGUGGAGGGUUCCAGAAAAUGAAGAUGAAUUAAAUGAAACUUUGAAAGCACGCAUGUUGCCCUAUAAAAAAAGAAAAUUCGGAAUUUGUCCUGAAAAGUAUGGAAAAUGUCCGGAAAUUUUCCAUGUGUAUAAGAGACAGAUUUUAUAUAUGCCAUUGGCCUUAUCUGUCCGUGACCUUCGUGAAAUUGUAACAGAAAGGCUGAAAAUUAUUUACAGUGAUCCACUUCCUUUUACUAUUCAUAUUCCAUCAGAUGAGUGGAUCCGACUUCAAUUUUGUCCUACAAAUGCUACAACAACAAGAUCAAUGCAUCAUACUGGCCAAUUUAAUGUUAAAUUUAAGGUACAAGGCCGGUUACUUCGAAAGAGUAGUGAUGAUGCACAUUAUUGUGCAGCACUUUUUCGAUACCUUAGAGAAUUUUGCAUCCAUUAUAAACAAUGGACUUGCUUAAUUUCUGCUGAUGACAAACAUAAAGUUCCUAUUGGAGAAGAUGUUGCUGUUUCUACAGGCGUACGAAAUAGACAUUCUAUGGUUGCUCAAAAUAGCACUUUGGCUGCUGCUGAUCAUGAUUUUACUAAACUUUCUAUAACACCUUCAGUUACAUUUUUUAUAUCAAUUCCUAAUGAAAUUUCAGGAUCAUUUUAUGAUGGCCAAGUAUUUGUAUCUUACAAAGAUGCAACUUUUGAACCAAGUAAUGCGAUCAGACACUCAACUGAAUUUUUAAAUGCACUCAAUAUUCAAUAUGCACACCAAAUGACGCCUCCAAUAUUAUGUCUUUAUACUGAUGGAGGGCCAGACCACCGAUGUAAUUAUGGAUCAGUACAGAUUUCAUUAAUCUGUCUUUUUCUUAGUGGAAAUUUUGAUUUACUUAUUGCAGUUCGUACAGCUCCUAAUCAUAGCUGGACGAACCCAGCAGAACGGAUUAUGAGCAUUUUGAAUUUAGGUCUUCAAGGUGUUGCACUUAAGCGUGAUCAAAUGAGUCCUGAAUCUGAAGUUCUAUUUGAUACAGCAAAUACUUUAGAUGAUAUACGAACUAAAGCUCAAGAAUCUAAUAAAUUAGAAUCUGAGUUAAAAGAAAGUAUUGCAAGUGUUCAGAAUAUAUUAAAUAAUCAAACAGAAAGACUCUCAUUAAAGGAAAAGAAAUUUAAAUGCAAUGAUUCAGCAAAUGUGGAAGCUAUUACUGAAUUAUUUGAGUCUAUUCAUACUUUAGAUCCAACUUUAACAGUUGAAGAAACUACACAAGUACAAAUACGUCAUCACACUGCUUUAAUUGAAUUUAUAGAUACUCACUGCCGUAUUCGUGCAUAUAGCUUUCAGGUAAAAAAAUGCAACAAUAUUACCUGUUCAUAUUGUAAACCAAUUCGCCUUCCACUACACGAAUUUAAUAAUUUGAACUUUCUUCCAGAUCCUAUUCCUUCACGAGACAAUACAGAUCACUACAUGCCUUUUGAACGUGUUUAUGGAACUGAAACUACUGAAGAGUAUAGACAAACAUAUAUGCAAAAACAAGCGAAUGCAGAACCCAUUUCAAAGUCUAUCCUAAUUGGAGGUAAAAUUCGUUUUUACAUUAAUUGUGAGGAUUGUAGAAAACGCCGUUGUGUUUAUAGUGAUAAAUCCUUGAAUAAUGAGGAACAAGAAGAUUAUCAACAAGCAAUAGAGUCAUAUUCAUACUCUUGUGGUGCACCAAUUUUUCCUGAUGAUCAUUAUUUAAGUGAAGUGGUAUUUGUAAGUACACGAAUCAGUUGUGACUCACCAAUUGAAAUACUGUAUUAUUCAAGUCGAAAAUCAGGAAACUAUCCAAUUUGUUAUUAUUGUGGGGAAAGUGAGAGCUUAGUAGCUCCUUCUCAAUCUUUAAAAGAACGUUUUAAACAAAUUUAUCCAUUGUGUGAAGGAUGUCAGGGAAAUGAGAAGGAAUUUUAUACUAAGGGAAAGAUUAAAACUAAUGGUAGUGCUUCAAAACGUCGUAAAACAUAG